AUGGCUGAAGGCAACCAAACUCACCUUGUCCAAUUCAUCCUCCAAGGUCUUCCAGAGCAAUCCAGCCACGGGUGGACCUUGUUUGGCCUCUUCUCAUGGCUGUAUCUCGUCUCUUUGACUGGGAACUUGCUCAUCUCCGUGGCCAUCUUGCUGGACGCCCAUCUGCACAAGCCCAUGUAUUUCUUCCUGGCCCACCUCUCUCUGGCUGACGCCUGCUUUGUCUCUACCACAGUGCCCAACCUGCUGGUGAGCCUGGGAACGCAGGACAGAAGCAUCUCUUACUGCAGAUGCCUGACCCAGCUCUACUUUUUCCUGACCUUCGGGGACCUGGACAUCUUCCUCUUGGCUGUGAUGGCCUACGAUCGCUAUGUGGCCAUCUGCUACCCGCUUCACUAUGCCACCACCCUGGGCCCCACCCGCUGUGUCUUCCUGGUGGCCACCUGCUGGCUGCUUACCAGCCUGGUAGCCCUGACACACACUCUGCUCAUGGCCCAGCUCUCCUUCUGCACUGACAAAACCAUCCCGGGCUUCUUCUGCGACUUGGGGCCCCUCAUGCAAGCAUCAUGCUCCAACCCACAGACUAACAUGUUGGUGCUGCUCACCCUGGGGGGUGCUGUCAUCCUGGCCCCGUUUGCCCUUGUUCUGCUCUCCUAUGUCCACAUUGCCUUGGCCAUCCUCAGGACCCCAUCGGCCCAAGGGAGGCGCAAGGCCUUCUCCACCUGUGGCUCCCACCUCACCAUGGUCUUCCUCUUCUUUGGGACAGUGAUCCGGGCAUAUCUGUGCCCCACAGACCCUGGCUCAGCUGCAGCUGGGGACACGGUGGCCAUUGUCAUGUACACGGUCAUCACACCCACAGUGAAUCCCUUCAUCUACAGCCUGAGGAAUGGCGAUAUGCAGGCAGCUCUGGCCAGGCUCGUACGAGGCCAGAGAACAACCUAA